AUGGAAGCGGAUGUUCCCUUUGUCGUGCUGGAUGUUUUGAGGACAAUCAAAUAUCCCCUAAAAGUAACCGUAAUGAGUUGUUGGGACCGAGUGGAUAAGUUUGAGCUUUUCAACGCGCUAAACGAUCGGUAUUUGACUUCGUUCAGUGAUGACCACAUUAGUCAGUUUGUGGAAGACAUCAACGACCAUCAGACUUUCUUGGUAGUGGAUUUGAGCUGUCGGAACACCGUCCAGUUGCUGACAGCUGCCGGGAAGUUGCUGUACAUUAAGUAUCGAUGGUUGAUCUUGAAUUCAAACUUCUACAAAGCAAAUCAGCCAAAUGGGCAAGAACAAGUCGAGUUCUUUAUGGAAAAAUUACGAGAGCUCCCUCUGCUAGUCAGCAGUGAAAUUUUCGUUAUAAUCAAGGAGAAGAAUCGCCAUUAUCGAAUAGAGCAGAUUUUCAAACAAUCCGUGGAUUCUUCCUUGUUGGUUGAAUCGUUUGGAACUUGGAUCAAUGGGAGUUUGAUGGACGAUCGGACGCUGAAAGUGACCUCGAUCCGUAGAUUGAAUCUCAACGGGCACAAUCUGCGGGCGUCGUUGGUCGUGACCAAUCCGGACACGAUGCAUCACUUGACCGAUUAUAGAGACAAACACAUCGACACCAUAUCGAAAGUUAACUACAUCCUAACGAACUGCCUGGUGCACUACAUGGGAGCCCAGGUGAACUACUCGAUCGUGUCGACCUGGGGUUACUUCAACACUUCCACCAAACGGUGGGACGGCAUGAUCGGUGAACUGUCCCACGGGUUAGCCGAUCUGGGCGCGUCACCGCUUUUCUUCACCACCGACCGAAUCGCCGUCAUCGAGUACGUGGCCAUGACUUCGGCAACCCGCUCGAAGUUCAUCUUCCGUUCGCCGAAGCUUUCGUACACGGAGAAUGUUUUUCUGCUGCCAUUUGAUGAUUUCGUCUGGGUUUGCACUGCCGCCGUAGUCCUGCUAGCCUCCUUUCUGCUGGUCAUCACUGCUCAUGCUGAAUGGCACGUGCCUCUCGCCGCAGACGAUUCCAGCGAUGCUUCAAUCCUUCGGGCCAGUUUCCGCGACACUCUGCUCAUGAUCUACGGUGCCACGUGUCAGCAGGGUUCUUCGACUCUACCGCGCAGUUUAUCCGCCCGUACGAUCACCAUGAUCACCUUCACCAUCCUGAUGUUCCUCUACGUAUGCUAUUCGGCCAACAUUGUAGCUUUGCUGCAAAGUCCUUCGACCAAGAUAAGAACCCUGGACGAUCUGCUGGCCUCGAGGUUGAAGUUUGGAGCACACGAUACGGUGUUCAAUCGAUACUACUUUACCCACGCGAUGGAACCCACGAGACAAGCGAUCUACGAACGGAAGAUCAAACAGCUGGAUGGGUCGGCCAGCUUUAUUCCUCUGGAGCAAGGGAUCGAUCGGAUUAGGAAGGGAUUGUAUGCGUUCCACGUGGAACAGGGCGUCGGAUAUAAAGUGAUCAGUGAAACCUAUCAGGAAGACGAAAAGUGCGGUCUGCAGGAGAUCCAAUAUCUGCAAGUGAUCGAUCCAUACUAUGCGAUUCAGAAGAAUUCUUCCUUCAAAGAGCAUGUUAAGAUUGGACUAUUUCGCAUCAACGAACACGGCAUUCAGCACCGGGAAAACUCCAAUCUGUACACCAAAAAGCCAAAGUGCACCGGAGGCGGUGGAAAGUUCGUCCCAGUCAGCCUGGUGGACACAGAACCGGCCAUUCUGGUCAUCAUUUGGGGAGCUGGAUUAGCGGCAGCGAUUUUCACCGGCGAGCUGGUUUGGGUGAAAAGUUUGAGGCGGUAUCAGGAUUGGAAGGGGUCGCACGUUGUGCAAAUGGUGUACUCUGACUAG